AUGUUAAGGUUAUCUGUUGCCGCUGUUUCUAGGAUUAGACAACCUGCUUUUAUUGACAUAUGUCGCAGAAGUUUCUUCUUGAGAGAUCAGAUUGUAGAUUUCAAGGGCAUUUCGGCCUAUAGAUUUGCGUCUACAUCUGUUCCAGUCCCUCCAAUGGCUGAAUCAUUGACAGAAGGUUCAUUAAAAGAAUUCACCAAACAAGUUGGCGAUUACAUCAGCCAAGACGAGUUGCUAGCCACAAUAGAAACGGAUAAGAUAGAUGUUGAAGUUAUCUCUCCUGUUUCUGGUACAAUCACCAAGUUAAACUUCCAACCUGAGGAUACCGUGACUGUUGGAGAUGAAAUAGCUCAGAUUGAGGAAGGUGCAGAGCCAGCGGGAGGAGCCAAGCCAAAAGACAAGGGUGCUUCUUCAGCUCCAGAAACCCAACCAAAGCAAGAAUCUGCUCCAGUACAGGAAUCUAAGCCAAAAGAGUCCACAGCUCCAACUACCCCAAAGGAAACCCCACGCGAAGCGCCAUCAAAAGCAGCUCAGUCCACAGCUAUCAUUUCAGACUUACCAUCGCGUGGUGAACGCAGGGUAAAGAUGAACCGUAUGAGAAUGAGAAUUGCAGAGAGAUUAAAGGAGUCUCAAAACACUGCUGCUUCUUUAACUACAUUUAACGAAGUUGACAUGUCUGCCCUCUUGGAAAUGAGAAAGUUGUACAAAGAUGAUAUUCUCAAAAAUAAAGGUAUUAAAUUUGGAUUCAUGGGUCUAUUUUCUAAGGCGGUAGCUUUGGCUCAAAAGGAUGUCCCAGCUAUUACUGGUGCCAUUGAGGGUGACCAAAUUGUGUACCGUGAUUAUGUAGAUAUUUCUGUUGCUGUUGCCACUCCAAAAGGAUUGGUUACUCCUGUUGUCCGCAAUGUUGAAUGUUUGUCAGUGUUGGAAAUUGAACAAGAGAUUGCUAAUCUAAGUAAGAAGGCCCGUGAUGGUAAGAUGACUUUGGAAGAUAUGGCUGGCGGAAACUUUACUAUUUCUAACGGUGGUGUGUUUGGUUCCUUAUAUGGUACUCCAAUUAUUAAUACUCCACAAGCUGCUGUUUUAGGUUUGCAUGCUGUGAAGGAAAGACCUGUUACUGUGAAUGGCCAGAUUGUCUCUAAACCAAUGAUGUACAUGGCAUUAACAUACGACCAUAGAUUAUUAGAUGGUAGAGAGGCUGUCAUUUUCUUGAGAACAGUCAAGGAAUUGAUUGAAGAUCCAAAGAGAAUGUUGUUGAUGUAG